UGGCAAUCUUUGCGAUACGGAGCAAAAGUUCAGUGACCAUUUUGCCAUUUAACUCUAGCCAAAAGCCCCAAAACCCCUGCUCUCAUCGGUCAUCCUCUAACAAUUUGACUGUUUGACACCGUCCGCCGAACAGAGCGACGUUCGAGCUAACCGACGAGCUGACGAAGAUCUUACCGGCGGCGGCGGCGGCGGCGGCGGCGGCUUCGUUAUUCGCUUCUGUAACAGUUCGUGCGAUUGUCUGAAGCAAGUUUCACUUCGAGUAGGCUUUGUUGUGAAUUUCAAGGUUUUUUUGGAGCUCAAAAGGAAGCAGGAAGAGCAAAAUCGUCGAUUGGAGGUUUAGUUGAACGAUACCGAUGGAGACAGACCGGAAAGACGGCCGCACGCCGAACCAGCUGAGGCCGUUGAAGUGCUCUCGGAACAUCCUCCACCGUGCCCACGGCUCCGCCAGUUGGUCUCAAGGAGAGACGAAGGUUUUGGCUGCUGUUUAUGGACCGAAGGCUGGAACGAAGAAGAACGAGGACCCUGAGAAAGCUUGUAUUGAAGUCAUUUGGAAACCCAAAACAGGCCAAAUUGGCAAGGCGGAAAAGGAGUGUGAGAUGAUAAUGAAGAAGACUAUACAGAGCAUUUGUCUUUUGACAAUCAAUCCAAACACCACAACAUCAGUUAUAGUUCAGGUUAGUGAUCUAUGUCGAAGCUUAAUGUUGUCAAUGAUGAUGGUGCUGUAUCCUUACGUUUUCUUGUUUUGAGCAAUUCCCUCUCUCAUUCCCGUGCUUCUACCUUGUGCCAUAAAUGCAGCAUGUGCUGCCCUUGUUGAUGCUGGAAUUCCCUUGAAGCACCUUGCCGUGGCAAUUUGUUGUUGUGUGGCAGAAGAGGGGUCCGUAGUACUCGAUCCAACAAAGUUGGAGGAGCAGCAAAUGAGAGGCUUUGCAUAUUUAGUCUUUCCAAACUCAGCUCUGUCAGCCCUCCCAGAAGGAUCGUAUCUUGUCAAUGGUGAACCCUUGGAACACGGGAUCAUCACCUCUGUCACCCACGGCGUUAUGUCAGUAGAUGAAUACUUGAAAUGCGUGGAUCGAGGCCGUGCAGCAUGCGCGAAGCUGUCUGGUUUCCUGAGAAAUAGCUUGCAAAAAUCACAGUUUCCCAGUGACACGUCGUCCAAGGCUGCAUAGGGGGCAUUCUUGAAUCCAUCUAGUGUCCGACCACUGGGAACAGUGACCAACUAGUACUAAAUCGAGCCUGGUGGAAUGGCGCCUGAUAACACUGGAGUUCCAAAUGGCACAUUAGUUCUUGUAAUCUAGCAAAUUGCAGUAACGUGUAUACUAUUAUCCAAGUUGUAGUGUGAGCUAUUUGCUAUUGUCCUAGCAGAUGCCUCGUUGGAUUGAACGCGAGCAAUUCCGUGACCAUUGGAUCGAAAUGAUGGCAAAUUUUUUUUUUGCUAGAUUGUCAUCGCUUCGAUCACAUAAUUGUGUAUUGCCAGCGUCCGAUCCAACAACGUUGAGCACGUUCUCACAAGACACCUAUCAAUAUCAUAGUCUACUUGUUCCAAUGAAAGGUAUAUUUG